AUAUGGCUCUAGAUGAGUAUGGCAAGACAAAUAGGAAGGGAAAGAAAAGAAAUUCCAGAGCAUCUCGCAGGGGAGGGCGCGUUACAACAGGACGAGUGAGGAACGUUCGGAAUGCACCUUACGAACUGCAGCGUCCCCCGAAAGGCAAUAUCGAUGAGCAAUGGUCUCAUGAUCUUUACGAGGAUGCUCGUUCGAAAGAUGGUCGCCAAAAUUUUCGUCGAACAUCAUCAAAUUCUAACAAUAAUGCAAAAUUGAUUGUUGAAAAUUUAUUUUAUGAAGUGACGGAAGAUGACCUUGAGGAACUAUUUUCUGAGUGUGGCUCCGUCAAGAAAGUUAUUUUGCAUUAUGAUCGCGCUGGACGAAGUACGGGUAACGCAGAAGUUACAUUUGAGAACCCAAAAGAUGCAGAAACAGCACUUAGAAAAUAUAAUGGACAGACUCUUGAUGGACAACAAAUGAGAAUCAGAUAUGCACCAGUCAAACCUAUACAAAAGGUAUCAAGUGUACGUGGAUCAUCUACUGCUGAAGGUGGUUCCAUUUUGGAUCGCCUUGGUGGUGUUGCUCGCAGUGGAUUAGUGCUUGGACGAAGUGUGAACAAUGAUACAGUGUCUCGUGGGCGUGGAAGCAAGAAUCCAGAUGGUCGUCGGAAACCAGCGAAUCGUAAGCCGGUUACGGCUGAUGAUUUAGACGCCGAUCUAGAUGCCUAUAUGGCCAUUGAAUGCGGAACAUCCGUGGAGAAAAAUACAUUACUCGUUUCAAACGGAGAAAAUGGGAUGGAUUUAUCAUAG